UUUGUUUAGUGUAAGUAAAGUCGAGAGUAACUGUCAAGCGCUUUACGUUUUCAGCUUAGUUUUCUCUUCAAUUCGCUCACUGAGUUUUGUUUUAUAAAGUGACGAAUGUACGUAAUAGUUCUAGUACGGCUUUGCAUUUUAUUGUACGGRUGAUACGGAUAUAACAGUGUCAUAGAGCUUGUUUCAGUCAAAAACCCCAAGUAGAUUGUUGAUGGAUUAAAACUCAUUCUAUCUCGCGGUCUUGAGCUGACAAGAGUCUGUAGCUUCAUGUUAAAAUACUUUUCUGUUUUCAAAACCUUUUGGAGGACUAGAUAAUGUUCAGAGGGAAAGUACGUACAUCAACAAGAGAUGUUCAUCAGCAUUCGCUUUGUUGUCGGUCUGGAAGUGAAAAACAAGGAAAAGAACCUGACGAAAGCCGGAUAUGUCGUUCACCUCAAGUCAAUUGGCCUUCAUACCACUACUAUCUGACACACCAUGUAAGGACGCAGCUAAGCUCUACCGAUAUCCAAAACUAUUACAAUAUUCACUCUUGGCUCGAUAAUGUAGUAAAAAACAAUAAAAGCGAACCUGCUGUGGCAGACUUUGAAACUGACUGUGUUAUUGAAGAGGAAGCUGACUCGCUUCACGUUGGCGAUGAUUACACGUCCUCGGCUCACCUUGACCAGCGGUAUCCGCUUCAUGUGGCAUGCGCAAAAGCUAAAUCUCCAAUAAAGGAACAGAAAGAAGCACUACUGAGUCGCCAAGAGAAGAUAAAGACUUUGAAAGCGUUGCUUACGAAACAUGAAAGAUGUACUCGCAAGGAAACAAGGUUAAAAGGCAAAGACUUGAACCAAUGAGGAACAUGUACUGUGGUUUCAAAGCCCUCAGAAAGCAACAUCUUGGUUUGCCACAUGAAAACAAUGAUAACCUGCGUGAAUAUGCAGGUAACUAUAGCAACGAACAGAACAUAGCAGGGCUUGUUGAGAUCUCAGCACGAGACUAAAGAGAAGCUAGAAGACAAAGGUGCACUGAUGGAUAUAUAAACUCCAUUAUUACGGUGUAAGUUUUCUGGGAAAACGUUUCUCUCUUACUUUCUCUCCCUUUAAUUCCUUUCUCGCUAUCUCGGUCUCCCGUGUUAGACCUUCUUCGAGUUUUAAACCGCUGCGUUCAUUGACUCAAUUACUCAGGUAAUUCAAUAUACACAAAUAGUGAGACCAACAGUGAAGUAAAGAAUGUACAACUUCAACAAUACAAACACUUUGAUACUCCACGAGCCUAAACUGGAACACAUGAUUAUUCUGCACAAAAUCGAGUCUAUUCCUGAGUAACAAAGAAACCGAAGUAUGGGAUAUAAACAAUAGACAGCUUAAGAUUCCUGUUUUUUCUUCAUGCCUUUUUAUCAGAUUGCGAACAUAGUGCAUUGUGGUCUAGCUUGGGUACAAAACAUCUCUUCUUUAUCAUACCUUAUAUGGUAUCAGUGUACUGGAGUUGGAGAGACUAGAGACUAGACCUUGCUUGUUGACUUUAUUGGAUACAAAAAUAUGUACUUAUUGACUGAGUGGGAGGGCCGUACGGGAAAAUAUUUGGC